UUGGGGUCAUUUGCAUCCCAACAGUGUGUAAGGCUCCCUGGGGAGUUCCUACAGGCAUUACAAGUCUUGUGAGGCUCGCCGGUAGUUACGUUUUGGGAGGGCAGGGGCUGGAGAGGCCCUCGCAGGUCACGCUGUCGGACGCACGUCCCUGCAUUCCCCGCUUCAUCUGGGAUCGUGCGGGGCGGCGCCGAGCAUCAGUAGGUAGAGUGGACCUUGGCGCAGCUGCAUCUCAGGGCUUUUUUUCGAGCCUGUUCCAGCCUCCAGGACUAUGAGCGUGGGCUUCAUUGGGGCCGGCCAGUUGGCCUUUGCCCUCGCCAGGGGCUUCACUGCAGCAGGCAUCCUGGCUUCCCACAAGAUAAUGGCUAGCACUCCCAAUAUGGACCUGCCUACAGUUUCUGCACUCAGGAAGAUAGGUGUGAAGCUGACCCACCACAACAAGGAAACAGUGCAGCACAGUGAUGUGCUCUUCCUGGCUGUCAAACCUCACAUUAUUCCCUUCAUCCUGGAUGAGAUUGGGUCUGAUAUCAAGGACAGACACAUCGUGGUCUCCUGUGCUGCUGGUGUCACGAUCAGCUCCAUUGAGAAGAAAUUGACAGCAUUCCAGCCAGCCCCCAAGGUCAUUCGAUGUAUGACCAACACCCCUGUACUGGUCCGGGAAGGAGCCACAGUAUAUGCCACUGGUACCCAUGCCCUGGUGGAGGAUGGGAAACUCCUAGAACAGCUCAUGAGCAGUGUGGGCUUCUGCAUAGAAGUGGAAGAGGACCUGAUAGAUGCCGUCACAGGACUCAGUGGCAGUGGUCCUGCCUAUGCAUUUAUGGCCUUGGAUGCACUAGCAGAUGGUGGGGUGAAGAUGGGCCUCCCAAGGAGACUGGCAGUCCGCCUGGGUGCACAGGCCUUACUGGGAGCUGCUAAGAUGCUCCUGGACUCAGAGCAGCAUCCCGGACAGCUCAAGGACAAUGUUUGCUCCCCUGGGGGAGCCACCAUUCAUGCUUUGCACUUCUUGGAAAGUGGUGGUUUUCGAUCUUUACUCAUCAAUGCUGUUGAAGCCUCCUGCAUCCGGACCAGGGAGCUACAGUUCAUGGCUGACCAAGAGAAGAUCUCCCCAGCUGCCAUAAAGAAAACCCUCCUAGAUAAGGUGAAGCUGGAGGUGCCUACUGUUUCUACACACUCACUUUCCAGUGGAGUCAAGUUGUUUAAUCAUACCCAGGCCCCUGGAGGGAAGAAGGAUUGAGAUGGAUUUGCCUCCCAUUUACCUAGUCUGACACCCAUCCCCCUUCUCUGCCCUCAAGGUACUUACUGAGCUCCUAGCCAGCUCUAGUCCCUAGUACUUGGAGAGACGAAUCUCUAGCAGUAAUAAAACGGUAAUAAAACUACUUUAAAUCUCUUUACAUCAGUGUAGAGAUGGACCUAGGUGCCUUGAUUUAACUAGAUUUUAAGUAAUCUUUUCUCUCUUAUGGAUGGAAGGCAGAAAAGCUAGGAGUAGUUUUUAGUGCAAAGAGUGAAGAAACAAUGUAAUUACUUGAGUUCGAAUGAAAGAUACCAGAUUGUACUUGUGGGUUUUUUUAAAAAUCAUGAUUGGGUUAUA